GGAAAUAUUCGGAUCAUUUUCAGUAUUUCAAUCGUUGAACUAGUAAGCUGAAAUCGGUAUAUAUAUUUAAUAAAGACUACGUUAAGCCUAAUUCUUGUUUAGUGAUAAACGGGUGUAGUUGUGCGAGGCCUUAAAAAUCAACGGUGGUGUCUGAUAUUGUUAGGCGCCUAUUCUUAGCAAAUAUAGUGCAGUUGUGUGCUUAACGUUUUCUAAAAAUAGGAUUAUCAUGAGUACUCAGGAUACACCCAAGAUGAAAUCUUUUAACAUUGGGAUGAUAGGGAAAAAGGCCUUAUCUAAAAAAGCACAGGAGAAGCAAAAAAAAGAGGAAGAAGAAAAGGCAGCAGCAGAGGUUUAUGAAGAAUUUGUUGCAGCUUUUGAAACGCCAGCAAAGCAAGGGAAAUUAUUUGUUCGUGGUGCUGUAAUCAAUCCUGGAUCAGGGGAAGAAAAAACUACUGGACAAAGUGGUAAGCUCUAUAAACCUCCCAAACUGGCAGAGAUUACCAAGAAACCAGAACAACCAAAACCUGACAUUCCAAAGUUUGAUAAACCAGACAAACCUAAUAAGAAAAAAGGAAAUGAGAAGCAGAAGAGUAAUCUUGAAUUGUUUAAAGAAGAGUUAAAAAUCAUCCAAGAAGAAAGAGAAGAACGACACAGACUUAAGCAUGCCAUUAAAGAUCAGAUUAAGACUGGGAAGUAUGAGCCUGUAGAUGCACAGAUUAGACUAGCUGAUGACUACAGACUGCCUGCUCUUGGAUCAUAUGACACAGGGGAUCCAAAUACCACCAAUUUAUACUUGGGAAACUUGAAUCCAAAGAUGACUGAGCAACAGUUAUGUGAAAUAUUUGGACGUUAUGGCCCUCUUGCCAGUGUAAAAAUUAUGUGGCCUCGAUCAGAUGAGGAGAAAGCCAGAGGGAGAAACUGUGGUUUUGUGGCUUACAUGAACAGGAAUGAUGGGGAAAGAGCAAUGAAAAAUUUAAAUGGCAAGGAGAUCAUGAAUUUUGAGAUGAAACUAGGCUGGGGCAAGGCAAUCCCCAUCCCUCCCCACCCCAUCUACAUUCCUCCAGCUCUGGUGGAUCUCACACUCCCACCACCUCCAUCAGGCUUGCCUUUCAAUGCUCAACCAGACAAGAAAGACAGAGAAAGGCUGCCACCACCUGGAACCGGAUAUCCUGGCACACCAGAAGAAGAGGAGGAAUUUCAGAAGAUAUUAGCCAAUGCAGUUGUCAAAGUGGUUAUCCCCACCGAAAGGAACCUGCUGUGUCUGAUCCAUCGUAUGAUUGAAUUUGUCGUCCGUGAAGGACCCAUGUUUGAAGCAAUGAUUAUGAACAGAGAAAUCCACAACCCUAUGUUCAGGUUCCUGUUUGUGAACCAGAGCCCUGCACAUGUUUACUACCGCUGGAGACUUUACUCAAUUCUUCAGGGUGAGCAUCCUAAUGAGUGGAGCACAGAAGAGUUUCGAAUGUUCAAAGGAGGUUCUAUAUGGAGACCUCCACCUUUAAAUCCAUAUUUACAAGGGAUGCCGGAAGAACUGGUAGAUAGAUCCCCAGUUAAAGAAGAACCAAAGAAAAAUGGACUGUCAGAGAGUCAAAGAGAUAGGUUGGAAGACAUGCUUAGAAACAUGACACCAGAACGUCAGAUGAUAAGCCAGGCCAUGAUUUACUGUAUAGAACAUGCAGAAUCUGCUGAAGAAAUUGUUGACUGUAUUGCAGAAUCAUUGUCAAUAGUUCAGACCCCACUACAUAAAAAGAUUGCCAGAAUAUACUUGAUCUCUGAUAUCUUACACAAUUGCAGUGUGAAAGUAGCCAAUGCCUCUUUUUACAGAAAAGGAUUUCAAGCACGACUUCCAGAAAUGUUUAAGGAUAUUCACGAAUGUUUCAUGAGCAUUGAAGGAAGACUGAAGGCUGAACAGUUCAAGCAAAGAAUCAUGAACUGCUUCAGAGCUUGGGAGGACUGGGCUAUUUAUCCAAAUGAGUUCCUCAUCAAACUCCAAAAUAUUUUCUUUGGCCUAGUUCCUGUUACAGUGAACAAAGAAGAAGAAAUGCCUAUCGCAGAAGGUGACCCUCUUGUUGCAGAAAAAAUUGAAGAAGAUAUUGAUGGUGUUCCUUUAGGGCUAGAGGAAGACUUGGAGAGUGUUCCGUCAGAAAACCCAAACUUAGAUGGUGUACCAUUGAAUGAUGAUCUGGAUGGAGCACCAAUAGAGGAAGAGCCUCCCUUAGAAGAAGAAUCACCUGACAUGAAAUCCAAGUUUGUUCCUUCCAAGUGGGAAACAGUUGAUCCAGAAACUGUUGAGUCUCAAGCUAUUACAACAUCAAAAUGGGAUUUGUUAGAUCAGCAAACAGAACAAGAGCAGGAAUUGGAAGAUCUAGAUGGACAGCCAAUGGAGGAAGACGUGGAACAAAAAGUUGAAGUAGUUGUACAAGAAACUGAUAAUGAUUCACAACAGGAUUCUCUUUCCGUACUGGAGGCCCUAAAGAAUGAAGUCGGUGAAGAGAGACGGGCAAAGCUUCGAGAGAUUGAGUUAAAAGUCAUGAAGUUUCAAGAUGAACUUGAGUGUAGAAAACGUAGUAGGAAAUCUGGUAUGACAAUUUCUGAACAAGUCCAACACUACAGAGAGAAACUGAUUCGAAAGGAAAGAGAAAAGCUAGAAGAAGAACAUGAAAGAGAACAAGAACGAUUGCGAAAAGAACACUUAGUACAACAGAGCACUUCUGCAUCACGAUCUGGAUCACAUUCUAAAUCUAGGUCAAGGUCCAAGUCAUCAGAAGACAGUAGAAGUCAGAGUCCAGACUAUCAUUCCAGUUCUUCUAGAGAAAGAGAUCGAAACAAGAAGGGAAGCCCAUUGUAUGUAGCCUCUCCAGGGGAUUUUCGACAGAAGUCAUCCCGAUCUCCUCGUUUAUCCAAGUCGCAUCGCUCAAAGUCCCCGAAAAAAUCUCGCCGGUCUAAAAGCCGAAGUCCAAAGCGAUCAAAACGAUCUAGAUCUAGGUCACCCCACAGAAGAAGGUCUUCACCAGGAAACUUACACCGGAAGUCCCACAAAUCAAAAAAGAGUAAACACUAAUCAUUGCAAGUUGAACUUGUAUGUGUGUCUUUAGCUGGUGUUUUUAUGAGAAAAUUGUUUCUAAACUUCUCUCUGUAAUUAUUUUGGUUGCUGAAGUCCUGUUCUGUGUAAAGUUGAACAGUUGCAUUAUUAGGUGUGUCUUGUUAGAAAUAUUAAAUACCCCCCUUAACGAAA